UAUGACGUUGAUGUGGUUUGACCGGUUCGUGUUUCUUGUUUGUCUCUCGGAAAUAAUAAUCUUACUCCAAAACUGCUAAAAUAUAACGCGACAACACACAGCAGAGUAUUCAUAGAGGCAGCCAUGUUUGUUCCGAGCUGUGGUAGCUCGAACGGAGAUUGUCGGACGUGAUGUCACUGAACUCGGAAUUUCCGAGUUCCGAGAGAUAAUCGAACGAACCAAAAUAAUCGAACGCAGGAGAAGUGCUCGACGGUUCGAAUAACAUGCUCUUAGUGCGAUGUCUUUUAACAUCGGUUUGGAUUAAAUAACAGUCUACAGUAAUAACUGGACGGAAACUCCAACGACAAAUAGCCAGCUUUGACAAGAGCGAAGGUCGGCAUAAAGAACAGACAGAAGGAAAUCUAUGGAAGUGGUAGAUCAGGAUGCUGCCUUCGCUCCCUACUGCAGUGCUAGAGGAAGUGUUUUUUAACAUCUCCGCACAUGAAGUGGUCUGCAUCUGCCGACUUGUUUGUCAUCAGUGGAAAGAAAUAGUCGACAGCACCUCCUACUGGAGAGAGAGGUGUCGGCGGGAAGGGCUUAAGCUGCGCGAUCGGAACAAAUGUCCUGAAGACUGGAGCCAGUUUUACAUCUUAAGUAAGAAUAGAAAAAAUCUACUGAAGAACCCCAGGGCUGAUGAAAUGUUCACAGGAUGGAGAAUCAUGUUAAACGGAGGUGAUGGGUGGAAAAUUGAAGAUGUAGCUUUAAAUUUUCCAGAUGAAGGAGUUAAGAAGUAUUUUGUUACUUCUUUUGGGUCUUGCAAGAAAUCCCAACUAAUAGACGUGGUUAGCGAGGGGUAUGGACCACAUCUAAUGGAUGAGAUUCAGCCUGAUAUCGUAAUAUCUGACUGGUUUUCUCCCCGCUGGGACUGUGGAUGUGUCUAUGAGAUUUGUGUUGAGCUGCUCGACCAAGAACAGCGAGUGAUUGAGACGUUCUGUCCAGAUCCAGUAUCUUUCCCUCAGUGGAAUGAGAUGCAGUGGCAGAGGAGUCUCCCUGGGGCCACUCAGCCAGCGCUUUUCCACUGUCGUACAGGAAUAAGGCAGUACCCGAGAGACACUAAUUACGAUGACCCAUAUAUUCCGAGAUUACGGGCCAGGCGUCCGCUUCAUCAGGUUCACUCACGGUGGACAGGACACCCAGUUCUGGGCGGGCUGGUAUGGGAUCCGGGUCACUAAUAGCAGCGUGGAGAUCUCCCCAGCCAUGCUUUCAGAGUGACACUUUCAUCAAGACCAAGCUUUGAAUGUUGGUUUUUGCAGCAUGCGACUGUUUGCAGGUAUCGAGGUCCAUAACUGUCUGUGACCUUCGUCUUGUCUUGCCCUGUUUGAGAGAAUCUCUGUUGUAGUUCAGUGUUCGUUUUCUGUUUCCGAAUGUCUGUGAUGUGAAGUCAAAGGGGAGGGAAAAUGGUAAUGGUGCCCCAUCACGGUUGUAUUUUGGGAUGGGAGAGUUACGUUAUUGGUGAGUUAGGCAACUCGAGGAAUGGCAGAAUGAAUGUCGAUAUAAUCAAAGGGUAAAUCAUAAGUCAAAGGGUAAAUAUAUAAAUCACUAGUUUUACCAUGACAAAAGUAAAUUAUUAAAAUAAAUGUUGUACUCUAGGUCUGCAUUCAAAGGUCUGUUUUUUUUAUUGUCAUAACACUGACAUGUUAAUGAGCUUUUUAAGACACAAUGGCUACAUUUAUAUUAUGUAACCAGUGCAAUAUACCACUAACGGAACUAAACACAUUUGCAACUUGUCAGAUGACAGAAAUAGCUUUCUAUUUCACAAUAAAUGACAGUAACAUGAUA